GGAACCGGAACUUUCAAAAGCUAACGCCAAUAUUUCUCAAUCUGAGACAUGCGGGCUUCAAUUUCUAGAUAAAUUACCCAAUCAAAUAUUAGCCUAGGCCUUGACGAUAGGGGGCAUACGCAUUCUGACCAGCAAUAUGGCGUCUUUUGCUGGAGCGAAAAUGGCUGUUAGGGUCGUCUACGGGCUGCGCUCCCGCUCCUGCCUCGACCUCCUUUGCCGUUCUGGGGGAGCUCGAUUCCUUUGUACGCCCACGCCCGCCGGGGGUGUCGAACAAAGCCACAGAGACCCUUCCUGGGUUGGAACCUGGUAUGAGACGUUGUCUUCGUCAGUACCUGUCGCGACGGUAGAAUCGGGUUUGAUAGCUAUGCAGGCCGCAUCUGGACUGCCCUGGUGGUCCACGGUCUUAGCAGCUACCGCCAUCCUGCGCACUGGCCUCACCCUUCCUCUCAGCGUCUUCCAAAAGCGCGUCGUCGCCAGCUUAGAAAAGUUGCAGCCUGAAAUUGAAUACUUAGCCAAACAGCUCCGUUAUGAGGUUUCACUUUCUGCAAAGCAAUACCAUUGGUCUGAAAAGGAGGCUAGGGCAUGCUACAGGAGAAAUAUAAAAAGAAUAGUUUCAGAGUUAUAUAUUCGAGAUAAUUGUCACCCUUUCAAGACAACCCUGCUCAUAUGGGUACAAAUUCCAAUAUGGGUCUUUGUUUCCAUAGCUUUGCGUAACUUAAGUACUGGCAGAGGAGAUUCUGAAGGGCUUUUAAUUCAGCAGCAGUUUUCCACAGGAGGCAUACUCUGGUUUAAGGAUCUCACUUUACCUGACUCAACUUGGAUUUUGCCAAUCACUCUUGGACUUCUCAAUCUACUGAUAGUAGAGAUUUUUAGUUUAAGAAAAACUGAAACAUCCCGGUUUUGGAAGUAUGCUACCAACAUUUUUCGAGCAGCCUCUGUGUUAAUGAUCCCCAUUGCUUCAAAUGUUCCAUCAAUACUAGCUUUGUAUUGGGUAUCUUCCAGCUUCAUAGGCCUUUCACAUAACCUUCUGCUGCGCUCUCCUGCUUUCUGUAAAUUAUGCCAUCUCCCUCGGACCAAGUCAGAUUCAGACACUCCAUACAAAGAUAUUGUUGCUGCUUUGUCCAUGAAAUAUUUUAAGUGAAAUAUAUGUUACUGAACCAAAUGAUUUUUUUUUUACUAUAUGAAAUUGUAUUAGGAAGCUAACUUUGAUAGAGUAGAGAAAGUUUAUGUCCCUUUCAGACAAUUAUUUUGUCAGCAAGUAGGAGACAACAGCCUUAGCUUUCAAUUCAGUGCAUGUUUUUAACUUAUAUGGAAUUUCUGAAAUUGUGCAGCUUUUUCUGAGAAAUCAUUUUCUUGUCUUUGUAGAUGAUGUAAUUGUUUUAAUAUUAUAUAUUAAUGUUUGUUUCUUAAUCAUGUUGGCAGCUUAAAAUACAUAUUUUUCAGUAUGCAUAUAAUAUGUUCAUUAAAUCAUAAACUGGUUUUCAUAUAUUUAAGAAGUGACUAAGAGAGAGAAAAACUCACUUCCUGUGUUCUAAGUGUUAUGUCCUAGCCUCCUUCAGAUGCUGACGUGUACAUUCAUGCAUAAGCAGACAUCUGAUUGUCAAACAGAAAAGAACUUUAGGGGUAGAAGUAAACAAUAAAGCAGACAUGAGCAGACAUCCUCUAGAAAAUAAGUUUCUUGCACCCAUAUUAGUCUAGAUGAAGUGGUUAAAUAUAUAUUACUUUUACUUUUAUAAUACCUAUGAUAACUUAAUUUUGUUGUGAGUUACACAGUGACAAUAAAGAUAUUCUAGUCUAUGA